AUGGGUGUCGGGCUGGCUGUUACCGCAGAGCCGUACCGUAUCCCCGAUCAAGAAGUGUGGCUUGGGGAUCGGGACGACUGCGUGGCGAUCAUCGCCAUGGGACUACAGCGGACACCCGCACCAACAACGCUUCACAGCGGCGAGGCAUUCGUGGCGGUCUCCUGGAAAGCCUUAGCCGUGGAGGGUUUCUACGACUGCCCCAACCGCGACCUCUCUUCGUGCGAGAGAUACCUGGACGUACUCGGAUGUUUCCUUAGUGGACACAUGGCUCGUCCGGUUCUGGCCCUUGGGGACCUCAGCGCCCACUCCGUGGCGCGGCGUUCCCCGCGAGCAGAUGCUCGGGACGAGGCCCUGUAA